AGCUUGAUGAUCAAUUCAGUUCUCUGCGAAACAUCAACAGUGGUGGUGGUGGUGUUGGAAUUAUUGUAUCUGUUUUCGUUUUAGUCUUAUGACUAACUAGAUACUUUUGUAUCCAAACAAAAUAUCUUUUAGAAAAAGAAUUAUUUUUUUAAAUUAACAACCAAACAAACUCUACAACAACAAAAAACUAUAGAAAAGGAAAUUGAUGAACAAGUUUUGUAUCUGAAACUUCAUCAGUAAAACAGCUGAAAAAGAGUCACGAUCUGUUUCGAAUACUAAUGAAGUCCAAGUCGUCUUUCCAGACAACAAAUCCAAACAAAGUUCUCUUUUAGAGAAAAAAAAAAACAAAAAAUAAAUAUAUUUAUAGUUUGUCAUUGUUUCCUUCUUUCUUCUACAAUACAACUACAACAAUUGGCUUUAAAGUGCAAUAAAAAGUGAAAACCUUUUUUUCUAUUUUGUUAAACAACACACAAGUUUGUGUAUUUGUUUUUUUAUGAAAAGAAAAGGAAAUAGACAAAAAAACACUCAACUGUCCAUCAAAGUGGUAACAAAAGUUUGAACAAAAAGGCAUUGAACUACGAAAAAAGUAUCUACUAUCCAGCAGGUACUAAACUGACUGACUGUGUGGUAUAACAAUAAAUUGACAACGCUUAUUUGAUAUUACCAUGCACAUCGAGCCAAAAAAGAAUUGCGUGCUGCAAAUUUAAUAGCGUUUUGAUUGUGCAAUAAACGAAAUAAUAGACAAGUGUUGCCAUUUUUCUAGCGGAAACUACUGCAUCGAACGUCAAAAAAAGUGACAUAACACGCUGCCUCAGCCCCAAAGUGGCACUAUCCGACUUACAUAUUUGGCCAAGAACAAGUUAUAUGUAUUAACAAACUAAAACAAAACAAAAAAAAAAAAUUAAUUCCGACCUUGAUAAUCUUGUGCCCACAGCAUUCCGGUCGUCUCAGUUCGUUGUGCCCAUUUUGGGUUUUAGAUUUCUAGAUUUCGACGGUUUCCGCUGCUGAUCAGUUAUAUGUAGAUGUUUUAAUUUAGUAUGCGCAUCUGAGAUACAUUUUUUAUUCUAAAAAACAAACCUACUACGAUCAUCAUCAAUAUGCCAAGAAAAUUGUUAAAAUUCUUGAUAAUCUUCGAUAACACAUCGUUGUUAUACUUUCCGGGACAAUUUCUAUCGGGAAAAGUACUUUUGGAACUCCAAGAUGAUACUCCAGCAUUGGGAUUACAUUUUCAUGUUGUCGGUGAGGGGGUAGUGAGGGUUGGAUCGGCUCGACAGGAGCGUACUUAUGACAAAGAAAACUACAUUGAUUUUCGAAUGAAAUUGCUGGGCGAUCCGGAUCAGGGGCCAUCGGUAUUAUCGCCAGGAAUUCAUAGUUUUCCAUUUAAACUGGGACUUCCGGUUGGACUGCCAUCGACAUUUUUGGGUCGUUAUGGUUGGAUACAGUAUUAUUGUAAGGCUGCAUUACGUGAACCAACGGGACUGAUACAUAAGAAUCAUCAAGUAUUUAUUGUUAUGAAUCCGAUCGAUUUGAAUUUAGAGAAACCUAUUUUGGCGCAACCAUUCACAUGUGAGGUGGAACACAAAUUAGGUGUUGCAUGCGUAGGUGGAGGAACAGUGAAGUGUAGAGUUGCUUUGGAUCGUGGGGGCUAUGUACCUGGAGAGAGUAUAUCUGUGACAGCUUAUAUAUCAAAUCACAGUAAUAUAACAAUAAAGAGGACAAAGGCAUCUUUAACUGAGACUGUUGAAUAUCUAGCUCGUGGAAAAACCGUACAAACUGAAAAACGUGCCUUGGCCGUUUUAGUUCGUGGAAAAAUUCGUCCUGGUGGAAAAGAUGAAUGGCAAAAUGAUAGUUUGUAUGUGCCACCAUUGCCACCAACAAAUUUAAGAGGAUGUCAUUUAAUUAAGAUUUCCUAUGAUGUCUUUUUUGUGAUUGAACCCAAGUCAUUAGAGAAAGAAAUUAAAUUACAAUUGCCGAUUGUUUUAGCCACAUAUCCAUUUAGAAGUUCUCAGAAUGAUGUCGCAAAUACAUGGCCGGAAGCUGUUCUAAAGCCCGAUACACAUUAUCCAUCAACAUUACCAAUAUUUAGACCAUGGUUACAUGAAAAACCUGAUACAAGUUAAAAUUGUAUUUAUUUUUAAAUUU